GCAGCCACGAAUACGGGGAAACAAGGACGCAGACAGAGGGCUUGGUGAAGUUCUGUAGAUAGAAAACAAGUGAACAAAACACUGUAGCUAUUUGAAAAGUCUAUCACUACCGCGAAAUGAGCAUUUAUUGGGGAAAAUAGUAUUACGUUGAUGUCACUUAUUAUUUUGCGUCCAGCAGUAAUACAGCCCCUGUCUUGUAAUGAUGCCUGCACGCAGCACUGUUGCUGGUGGUGGGGUAUCCAGUAACAAAGUUAAGUACUCAAGACUAGCUGGCGAUGAGGAUGGCUACAUUGACUUGCAGUUCAAGAAAAGCCCUCCCAAAGUUCCCUACAAGGCUAUUGCCCUGGCUACAUUCCUCUUCCUGAUUGGCUCCUUACUGAUUGUAAUCGGUGCGCUUCUUCUUGCAGGAUCAAUAGAAGUUUCGCACCCGGACCGUACAGUUCCAGUCCUCAUAAUUGGAAUCCUUGUGUUCCUUCCUGGAUUCUACCAUUUACGAAUCGCCUACUACGCCUCCAAGGGUUACCGCGGAUACUCCUAUGACGACAUUCCAGACUUUGACGACUGAGCCACCCUUUUGCCCCUCUUAGCUGCAUGAGAGACUGUUUCAUUUACCUCGAGUAUCUCCCAGACUGAGAAACAGCAUCACCAAGUGGCUUAACUUUACUCUCUUUGUUUUAUUGCAUAUCACAUGUGUGCAAUGCGACUCUGGCUUUCAACUUAACAGUAUUUAUUACUGAUAGAGCAUUAUAGAUUAUGCAAGAGUAUUUAAGAUAUGCAAGGCCUGUUAUAUAUUUAUGUCAUGACUAUCUGUAAUGCUCUCUAAAGAUGUGUGAUUGGUUGUAAAAGAGACUAUCCAGUUUACGUUACAUAUUUCUGAUAAUAAUAAAAUAAACGAUCCAAUGGCA